AUGCGUGAGUGCGACUGCGGGGGCGGCCUGGGCCUGGAGGUGCGGGUGGCGGGCGACGCGUGGCGCCUGGAGGCGGCGGGCGCGCAGUUCGCCAUGCUGUCGUUCAGCGUGGAGCCGCACUGGUGCGGGGCGCUGUACUCGCUGUGCGCGCGCCACGAGCGGGCGCUGCCGCUGCCGCACCUCGCCGACGCCUUCGCCUGCUCCGCCGCCGGGCCGCCGGUCGACGUCGACUGGAUCGCCGUCGCCGGCACUUUCGGCUUCGAGAUUUGCUCGCUCUCCUCCACCUGGGCGCUCGCCUUCGAGGCAGUGAAAGCAAGUGGUGUCAUUCUGCUGUUGGGCGUUGGCAGCUUAGUCUGUUAUAAACUGUACAAUUACUACUGGCCGAGGUCGAGGUCACGACUUGGCUCUCCUGAUUCCUCACCUUCACCACAAAGGCGUUCAAAAUACUGUGUCGCCUACAGCUGUGCUCAUGGUGAACUGAUUGAAGAUGUUGAAGAGGAAGAUGAUGUGGACAUUCAGGGUUGUUACUUUGGCCCACUUGAUGAAAAGGAAAAAGUGGAAUGGUCUGCUCACAGUUCAGAGAGUGAGGCAGACACAGAUCCAAGUAAACUGUGCCGAUGUGUCAGACACUGCCCUGUUCAUCACAAGGCACCAUGUUCAAGCAGGCAUCGACAUCCACGACUCAGGUGGAGGUGUCCUAGCCAUAUGACUUCGGCUCCACAGCAGAAGCCAACCACAUGGCUAUUAAGGAAACUAAGUGAUAUGAUGAAUAUUGCAUCAGGACAUCAGGUUGCUGUUGUAGGAAGUCACAUUCCUCAGGAUACACCGAGUUCAAGAGAAAUAGGAAAAUGCCAAUCAAUGCAAGUACAACUUUUGAAGUCAAAAGAGGAACCAAUGCUAAUAUCUUUUUCUGAAGAUAAAGAUUUUUAUUGUCAAGCCUGUCAUGAAAUUCCAUUGCAUACAGAUAGAAUUUGUGGAGAAACUGUGACAGAUACCCCUCAUUUAAUUAGAGAUGAAUCAUAUGACUCACUUGGAUUCUCCAAGGGGAUGCCAAGUGAAGGGUCAUUGGAUAGUGUCUGCUCAGAACUUAGCUUAGAUUUAUCUUUACCAGAAAUUUCUUUGGGAACAAGUACAAUGGUUCGUUUUGAAGGCAUACAGCAGGUAAUUAAUCAGAUAAAAAGUAACUGUGACAACAUGAGUGAAGACUUUGAGACAAUUAAAUGCAAUAGAAAUUUACCUGGCAUGUCCAGCUUAAUGAAAGGGGGAGCAACUUGUGAUCAAGAUAUAAAAGAUGCUCUUCCUGAAGAGGAAGCAGAAAAUGUCAAAGAGCAGCGAGCACGGGCCUGCUUUGCAGGACUAUACAGCCUUACUGUUAUAAACAAUAGCACAUCUUCUGAACUUUCUGAUGCAUGUCUAAAUACUGAUAAUAAACAAGGAAGCUUUGGAUCAGCUGAGUCAUUUGAGUGGGAUUCUCCAAAUCAUGUAAUAAGUACAGAAGUUUGUGAAUCACCUAGUAAUUCAAAAAAUAUGUGUGUUAGUGAAUCAGAAGGACUAAAUAGUGCUAGCAACUAUAUCAAAACUGGCAUAAAUAAUGAGGAAGGAAGUGCCAAAUGUAAUGAUGCAGAUUAUUUACUCUAUCGUCAGUCUAUAAAAGUAAAUGAAAAUACAGGUAUAACAACUGCUGCAAGUGAAGAUGACUUGAUGGCGCACUUGGAAUGGGAUGAUGAUUUAACAGAGUUCACAGAAGAAAAUGGUAACACUAAACUUGACGGUGACUUUAUGCAUACAUUGGAAACAUUGGAAAUGGACAUGGAAGCAGAGCUUCAAAUGGAAGAGGAUUUUGCGAAAGAUGAUUUUCUCAUAGAUGGUGCAGAUAGUGCUAUGACAAGCUUCAUCUCAACAAGGAGUGGUACUGAUACUUGCUCAAUAGAGAAGUAUUCUGGAAUGGAAAGCAGUGGAUUUGGGAGCCUCAUGCUUGACUCUAGUACAUCAGUGACUUCCCAUAUGUCACCCACUGAUGGAAGUCAAAACAAGGAACCACACAUAUUCAGCAAUGCUGUAGAAUCAGCCUACAUAGACUGGGAUAUGGGUCCAGAGCAGCCUAUCAUACAGGAUCAACAAGAAGUGUAUGAGAAAUCGAUUGCCUACAGUAGUAGCUGUACUAGUGAGAUUUCAACACCCAUGACUGAAAAUUCUUAUUCAGAUGUUGCAUCUUCUUUGGAAGAGCACAGUAAAGAGCCCACUACUGAAAACAUUGGUAGCAAAGUAGAUUUGCUGCAAUAUGCUCUUAAGGAAUGGAAAGGAAGCACAAAGAAAGCAGAGACAAUCCGGAAGGGGUAUGCUGAAAUACCAUCAACACUGGGAGUUUCUCAUUUACGGCGUAUACGUGGUGACAACUAUUGUGGUGUUAGAGCAGCAGUUUUCCAAGUUUUGGCACAAGGUCUGGCAGUGCCUUCUGCUUACAGUACAUUACAAUAUCUAAUGAGCAGUGAAGGGCAUAAUUUGGUGCAAGAUUGGACGUUUGCUGGUAGAUUACCAUACGAAGGAAGUAAUGUACUUUCUGGCGUUGAAUCCUGUCUGCAGAGCCUAGAUAAUAUGCCUCGUCUGCUGGCAUCACAUACUGCAAACAGAGAAGAUGAAGUAACACAUAUUUUAAAUUCCAAUUCUACAAUGGACCUGCACAUAAUGGAAGCAGUUAAACUACAUAUGCUUAAAAAUGCUAUUGAACUGUACCAUAACUACACAAAUGGGGAAGAUGUUCCAUUAUUUGCUACAUUAAUGUUCUGUCGAGACACUUCAGAAACACCCCGAGAACUGAUGAGAAAUCAUUUACUUGAAGUUGGAAACACGGCUGGACUGGAGCAGAUUGAAAUGUUCCUUUUGGGUUUUACACUUCGUGUAACAUUACGGGUGGUAAGACCUUCAAUGUAUGGUACAGAAGAAUACAUAUGCUGUUAUCCUGAAAACAGUAAUGAGGACUGGCCUCAGGUGCUCCUUAUAGCAGAGGAUGAUCGACAUUACAAUGUUCUUGUUGAAUGAAGCAGAUUAGAUCUUGAUGUAUUUAUACAGCUGGAAGAGAAGAACCUGAGAACAAACAGGACAUGAAAUGUUAUAUAUACAGCCCAGCAGACUUAUAAAAUGUGUUCAGAUAUUGAAAAUUCAAAAUAAAUUUUAUUAUCAGUUCCUGAAUUGUGAGAGCUUCUAGUGUGUGCUUGACAUGGCUCUUGGAAUUACCAAACGUGUUCAGUUUUUCAUUCAAGUGACUGUUCUGCAAGACAGAAGAAUUUACUAACCGAGAAAAUUGCCACCAUUAUUGAUAUUAGUUAAUUAGUGAUAUGGCCCAUAUCUAAUAAAGGAAAGUUACACAGAGAGAGAGAGAGAGAGAGAGAGAGAGAGAGAGAGAGAGAGAGAGAGAGAGGAGAAGAAAACAGAUACAUACACAUUAUUACAUAGAACAAACUUCUGUUUUGUUUUGUUGCUUCCACAGGUAGGGACAUGAAAAAAAAAGCUGCUUGAAGUGACACAUGAAUGACAUGUUUUCUAGCAGCUCUUAUAUGUUGGUGCUAUCUUGUGUCUUAGAUUGUAAAUGAUUGUUAAUGGGAAACUUGGAUAAGAAAGAAAAUAUAAUCACUUGCCAUGUGUUAUUUACAAACAUGUAAAAUGUAAAAUAUUUUUUUUUUCUUGGAUGUGGCACUUCUUUUUAAAUUCAAAAUUCUGUUGUGCACCAGUUUUUGAUUGAUGUUGUGUAUUUAAAACGGAUCUUUCUUUUUUUAUGUAACAGUCACUGGUGAUGGCAUCUCUGAGAAAUAUGUCAUUUACAUAUAAACAACUUUACAGUUUUACUUGGUGUAAGAUAAUCAAAAAUUUAUGUGUAGACACCUGUUGUAUGUUCCUGCUUAUAUAUGGCAUGUGAUAAAUACAGUUUUGUACUUAACAAUAUAAACAAGUUAUCAUUCAUUGACUAGUAAACUGAAUUAUCUGUAUGCAGAAAGACAGAUGUUAUACUUGAAACAGAAAAACUGGCACUAAUUUUGUCAGCAAUAACAUAGCCUAUUUUAUUUGUGUGAAGCAGCCACUCAGUCAUUUAUAGCAAAUUCACUGAUCCUCAUACCUGCAUUGCUGUUUUCCUCAUUUGUGGCAGCUUCUACAGUGAGCAGUAAGUUGUACAUUACAGAGUUUGUGGGCACAGGCUCAGAUAAAUCAGUGAUUCUGGACAAUAAAUUUAUUUAUUUGUCUCACUGUCAAUGCAUUUAUAUUUGUAAUUGUCCAUAAUCAUAAUGAUAAUACUAAUAUUUUGUGAAAGAAAUAUUUUCAUUAGCUUAGUGAGUAAAUAAAUAAUUUAUAGUGCACAACUAUAAGAUUAUCGUACACCUCUGAAAGCACUUUCUUGCAGCUGAUAUGCCAAUCAGGCAGUAUCUCUCUGUGGGAAAUAUACUAUAAUUUUUUAACAAUUUGCAGAUAUAGAGCCCCCUUUCUUUCUUUCAUUCUUAAGAGUCAAACUUAUGUAUUUUUGAUGUUCAACAGAGGACUUCAUUUUUGAAAAGCAAAUCAUGAAUGCUUCAAAACAACAAUGUUUGGUGUGAACUUGAGUAGCACAGUAUCUUAAAUUAACAUUAAGGUAGGUGGGCUGUGCAUCUCAAAGGAAAAAAGGCUGCAUUUUUUUUACAGUGGCCACACACAUGGCACAGUACUCACAUUCACCCAUAUUUAUACCAACUAAUCUUGCACACAACUGGUCCAAAAAAUAGUGAAAUGUAGACCCUAAUGAAGAACUAUGACAAACUAGACAUACAUAUGAAAUGUACAAAUUCUAAAAAUAAGUAGAUUGUGUGCAUCUGGCAGAGUGGUUUUACUCACAGAAAAUAUACAUUCAGGUACAAAGUUAUACAAAUGUAUUAGCAAUAUUAUUACAUCACUCUGCUGCUUAAUGUAUUAAAUGCAUACAUGUGAAAUAAUUUAUAUUGUCAAACUCCAUCACAAAUUUCAGUAUACUUUUUCACAACUUGUCUGUCACAAUAUUAAAAUAAUUAUUUUGUGUCAUCAUUGACAUCUUUUUUGUUCCCUUUAUUAUACAAGUCAGUACUCAAGCAAGUAGACUGUAAUAUAUAUACUGCUCAGGAAAAAAUGUACUCCUGUUCUGUGCAGUUUCAGCAUAGUGUGUGACAAGACCUGCUGUUUUGCAGUUGCGUGUAUUGUCAAGGGCAUGCAGUGCCUUAUAUAAUUUUUUAGAGAUCAUGGACUAAAAUUGCUUUGUCAAUAUUUCAUGUCAAUAAAAAUCCAAAGUUGUUUAGAAUGUGCACAGUAUAUUGCUGUGAUACCAUUGCUAAAAAUAUUACAGUUUAAAGUAAGGAUAUGUUGCAUUGUUACAAAUCUGUAUUGUUUCAAAAGAAAUGAGAACCUACUGUGAAAAAAUGUGACACAGCAUUAAACACUUUUUCUAAUGU